AUGUCGUCGUCUGCUUCGACAUCGCUUUGCAUCAUAGCGGUGCUGAUUGUCGUCGCGUUGGCACAAGAUGACUCCAGCCCCGAUAAGCGAGCAAUGCGUAAUGCUUUGGUACGUUUCGGUCGUGCUGGAGGCGGCAUGCGAAAUGCGUUGGUCAGGUUUGGGAAGAGAUCGUCAGCUGAUGAUGAUUAUGAAGCUGCCUUACAGGACAAACGCAAUGGAGCACCACAACCAUUCGUUCGGUUCGGUCGAUCAGGACAUCUAGAUCACAUGCACGACAUCCUAUCAACGUUGCAAAAACUCGAAAUGGCAAACUACUAUUAG